UGAAGAACUUUAGAACCCGGGCGGCUUCCGCUGACAAAGGGGCUGGAGCCACUUGCGUCAACCUCACACGGCCCUUUACGAAAUUGAACAUGGUUUCACUAUCAGCCGACCUAGAUCUGAACUCCUGGUUGAGUCUGAUCGGCGGUCUGCUCGCCUUCAUUAUCCCAAUCAUUCUCCUGGUUCCGCCAGUAUCACUUCGAGCUAGUGAUGCACUCCUCCAGACGCACAGUCCUGCAGGAAUCCCGCGGUCCAGGAGCAAUCUUGUGGACGAGCCCGCAGGCACAUCGAAAGUGGCCGCAGUCAAGGGCCUUCUGGUAUAUCCUAUCAAGUCAUGUCCGGGCACUGAGCUCACGCAGAGCCGAGUCUUGCCGCAUGGUCUCGAGUUCGACAGAGUUUUCACCUUUGCACAACUCAAGAGCCAAUUCCCUAUGCCAGUUGAUGCCACUGAAGGCGAUCAUGGCACACACUCGUGGGAGUUCAUCACCCAGAGGCAGUUCGCCCGUCUUGCCCUCCUCAAAGUCGAUCUGUGGCUUCCCGACGAGGCCAAGCUGAAGCGCCAGGGCCUUCGUCGUACUCAGGAGGCGUUCAUUACCAUUCGCUUCCCAUGGAGAGAGCUCGGCUGGCGCGGGGUCCUGGAGACUCUAGCUGCUAAGCUCCGCAACGGCCUGCGGGCGGAGGCGGAGUAUGAAAUCAUGCUCCCGCUGGAUUUCCCGUCAGAAAAGGAGAUUGCUGACAAGGGCUACACGUUCGAGGCUGUCACAAUCUGGAAAGAGCCAGUGCUUGCGCUGAACAUGGAGAAGGAGCUGCCCGAGGCGCUGCGCUUGUUCACCGGGGUCAGCAAUAAGCUGGGCUUGUUCCGAAUCGAUCCAGGCCAUUUGCGCAAAGUUUCUGGUAACGCACCUACCCAGGAGGAAGCCGGCUACCAGCCCGUCGCCAGGUUUCAGGACGCGUAUCCUCUCAACCUGGUAAAUCUUGCUAGUGUCAGAGACUUUGAUGCCCUUGUGCCCAAGGACGAAAACCUCAAGAAGGUAGAUCUCCAUAGGUUCAGGCCGAACAUCGUCACGUACUCAGAGGAGACCUGGAGAAAGAUCCGCUUCACGCGCGGCGCUUCGAGUCUCCACAGGGAGUUCGUAGCAAGCGUGUGCUGCCGAACCACAAGGUGCAAAUUACCCAAUGUGGAUCCUGUGACGGGCUUUCGUCAUGCGGUCGAACCGGACAAGUCACUCCGCACGCACAGGACAGUCGACGAAGGAGCGCCUUUGAAAGGGUGUAUGGGCAUGCAGAUGGUGCCCCUGUUUGACGACAUUUUUGCGACAUCGACUCCUGGCACGGUCACUUCGAGUGACUUGUACGGCUGGGUCGGCGCUGGGAUGGAGAUUGUUGUCGAUGAGGCGGGCAACCACAUGAUUAUAAAAUAAGCGCCAAGGCCAAAGGGCAGCUGCACAGAAGUUCUGGGACUUUGAAGGGGCACCGGUCCACCGUCCAGCAUUGCAAAGUGGGCCAGGGCAGCGUCGACAUUGCGGGG